CCGCGUCUAACUCUGACGCACAUUUCUUUUUUUAUAAAGAUAUUCAUCGCUGAAAUGCGUAGAAGAUAAGUUACUGACAGACGUAAGAGUUUUCUAGAAAUCUCCGUUCAUCGAAAAAAAACAUUUUUUUCUCUUCCGGAUUUUAACAUUUGCUUGACAUCGCGCGGCCACGUGGACUUCAUGGGCGUAUUCUAAGCAAACGUUGGACCGAGACACGAGACAGAUUUUAAGUCGAGCACGCGAUAUCUUCGAAGGGAGAGGAGGGGGAACCAAGGGAAGGGCAACAAGGCGACUCUUGUCGGACAGGUCGGCGACGAUUCUUGCAUUCUAUCGGGAAACCAGCGUGCGUGGCGUGUUCGAAGACACCGAAAGGAUCAGUUAUAUGGAACGAGAAGAAGACAUGAUGAAUGGAAACGAAGGUGAUUUGAGGAGCGAGGAACGUGGAACACCUGAAGGCUCCUUCGAGACUUACCCGAACGGACCGGAAAUGGAGAUGGAGCAGUCGGAGACCGGAAGAAAGACGAGUAUCUUCAAGUAUUAUUCCUACAAGAAGACAGACACGAGUCCGGGUAUAACAAGAAAAUUAGGACCCCUUGUUGGCGUAAUUGAUGUCGGCACACGGACAGUUCGUUUUGUGGUAUUUAACGCGAAGCACGUCGUGGAGGUGACAUCUCAUCAAGUAGAUAUCGAACAAAUCAGUCCACAGGAGGGAUGGGUGGAGCUGGAUCCCAAAUCGAUCAUUCUAGCGGUGAAAACCUGCAUCAGCGGCGUAAAACUCAAAUUAAACCAAUUGGGGAUGAAGAUCGAGGAAAUUGUCACAGUGGGUAUCACCAAUCAGAGAGAAACCACAGUAACAUGGGACGCAAUCACCGGCGAACCCCUUUAUAACGCUAUUGUGUGGUCCGACAUCAGAACCGACGCGAUGGUGGACCAGAUCAUAGCAAAGUUCCCGGAUCAGAGCAAGAAUCAUCUGAAACCUCUGUGCGGUCUACCUGUCAGUCCGUACUUCUCCGCUUUGAAGAUUCGUUGGCUGAAGGAUAAUCUGCCGGUUGUCAGGAAGGCAAUUCGCGAGAGGCGCUGCAAAGUGGGAACCGUAGAUACCUGGGUCAUUUGGAAUUUGACUGGGGGCAAAGACGGUGGACUUUACAUCACCGAUGUGACGAACGCGUCGAGGACGAUGUUGAUGAAUAUAGAGACGCUGUCUUGGGAUCCCACGUUGUGCAGAUAUUUCGACAUUCCUAUGCAAAUGUUGCCGGAGAUCAGGAGUAGCUCCGAGAUAUACGGCAAAAUCUCGUUCCCCGAUCUGUCUGGCAUCCCCAUAUCUGGUAUUUUAGGGAACCAACAGUCAGCUUUGGUAGGGCAAAAUUGCCUGAAGAAAGGACAAGCGAAAAACACGUACAGAAGCGGUUGCUUCUUACUCUGUAACACAGGACAUACCAGAGUAUACUCUUCUCAUGGACUGGUUACGACCGUCGCAUAUCAGCUGGGUCCGAAAAGCCCACCUGUCUAUGCGCUGGAAGGCUCUGUCGCGGUUGCAGGUGCGGCUAUUAAAUGGCUGCGGGACAACAUGAAGCUCAUAAAAGACGUCCAUGAAAGCGAACACUUGGCGCAAAGCGUAUUUAGCACGGGAGACGUAUAUUUUGUGCCCGCCUUUACCGGAUUGUAUGCACCUUACUGGCGAAAGGAUGCGAGAGGGAUAAUUUGCGGGCUUACCGCGUUUACCACGAAGCAACACAUAAUCAGAGCGUCCCUUGAAGCGGUCUGUUUUCAAACCAGAGAUAUCCUCGAGGCGAUGCACAAGGAUUGCGGAUUUCCAUUAACAAAAUUAAAUACGGAUGGCAAGAUGUCGACCAAUAAUCUUCUUAUGCAACUGCAGGCCGAUUUGUGUGGUACACCAGUAUUUAGGUCGACUUUGCCUGAUAUGACGGCUCUAGGCGUAGCGAUGGCCGCAGGACACGCUGAAGGGAUAGAUGUUUGGGACCUGGAAGGCGAGGAAGUGGAAACAGUGCCGACUGAUACUUUUUUGCCCACCACCACGCCGGAAGAGAGGGACGCGAGAUACAAAAAAUGGAAAAUGGCGGUAGAAAGAAGCUUAGGUUGGGCGACAGUGAAGAAGUCUGAUCAAAUGACAGAUGAAAGAUACUGCAUACUAGCAUCCAUUCCUGCGACCUGUUUUAUUAUGACAAGUUUCAUUCUGUUGCAAUUAAGUCAUUAUAUAGUGAACCGGUGACAGCAAAUUAACACUGUCGAAGCACAAAGUUACUCUAGUUGUCAGAUAGUCCUGAUUCCAGAAGAAAAUAUAGCAAAGUGACAUUUCAAACUUGCUCAACUGAUGCACGUAAGUAAUGCGUAUGUCGAUGAGUAAUGUAUUACGAAAUAAUUAGAGAGAUAAAAAUUACUGUGGAUUAGAGAUGCAUUCUAUAGAUUUCAGUGCGCCUUAUCAACGCACUAUAUUCGAUAAAAUCAAAAUAAAAUAUAUCUUGGUCUCUGGUUUCCCAAGCUUGCAAGUUCAAUAGUGCAGUUACUGCAGUAAAUAAAAAUCGUCAUAAUGUACACUUAAAUGCAGUUGAAUGCACUGGUGUACAUUAAAAGUUAUUGCACACAAAUUUACGAUGUCAUAAAUAAUUAAUAGUAAGAACUAAUAUUAUUGGUUCAAUAUGAGUAAUGAUAAUAAUAAGUCGUACACACACAACUAUAAUUAUUUUGCUCUUUUCAUUAUUUAUUCUAUUGUAAAUUUGUGUACAGUAACAUAUGCAUUAAUGCACACUACAGUGCAUCCAAUCGAAUUCACUAUUAUAUCUCUCUCGACACAAUUUAAUUUUACAUUAUUUGUAAUAAUAAUAUUGCAGAGUGAUAUCUGUAGAAUAUUAUAAGUUUACUUUAUCAUGUACGAUCCCUCCUAUUCUUUUUUAUUAUUUAUUGUGUAAAAAAAUCUAUUUGUAUAAAAUUUUAUAUUAUGUAUAUUAAUAUAGGUAUCUCCUGUUUCACUCGUGAUUUUUUGUGAUGCGAAUUUUACAUCUUUUAUUGUUAAAUUGUUAACGUCAUGAAUGCAUUUAUAUAUUUUUUUAAAGUCCGAAUGGAUUCUUGAACAUAGUGUUUGAGUUAUUCAAUACUUUGAAUGCAUUCUUGAUAAGUGUAAAAUUUGCUCACUGUAGCGAAGUUUUAAGUUCAAUAUGUACUUGAUGUAGACUAAACAUAAUUUUAAGUAAUUUCAAGAAAAUAAAGUUGUUUUAUCUAAAAUAAAAAAA